AUGAACAGCUUGGAUCAAGACCAUCUCGCUGAAAAUAUCAUUUGGAGAGAAAUGCUCGCCUUUACCGACACGUUCCGCACCUUUUACUCGCCGCAUGUUGUCCACGCUGUCUACACAGAGUUGAGUCAGGAAAGAGGGCGCUCCGAGUUCGAAUUAUCGCAUAAAGAACCCCAAGUCGUGGAGAAUAGCUGGAUUGACGUCACUUUGACUUUCGCAGUGAAGGAUGGGGAGCUCGUGGGAAGGUGUACUGCUGUCGUGUCGCUCGUACAAGUGGAUGGGAUGUGGAAGAUUUGGAUGGUGCGAUCGUGGCUUGAGUCCUACGAAGGCCAUGGCCAUCCGGAUGAACCAAAAAGCGGCCACGACAAUAGCAACAUUCAGAGUGAAGACCAUAUCUACGAUGCCAUCAUCGCUGGUGGUGGUCAGAGUGGCCUCGGAGCUGCUGGUCGAUGUAAGGCUUUGGGUGUUGACUACAUCUUGUUUGACAAUAGACCAUCUAUCGCGAAGCAAAUCGGGGCGGGCUAUAAAGACUGGGCAUUCAAACAUGCGAUCAAUGUUCAAGAAGCUACUUCGGUCGACUCCGCCUCAUGGGAUGGUGCGAACCAGCUUUGGACGGUGAGUACAUCUGGAAAGAAUGGCGAUCAGAAGUGGAGAUGCAAGAACUUUGUUCUCUCCAUCGGUACAGGCCAUAAAACCCCAUCCCGACCAGCGUGGGCUUCAGAGCACGAAGUUAAGAGGAGCGGCUUCAAAGGUACGCUCAUCCACUCCGCAGACUACCACAAUGCAAACGACUUUGCCGGUAAGCGAGGAGUCGUCAUCGGGACCGCGAAUACAGGACAUGACAUCGCCGAGGAUAUGGCCAAUCUAGGAAUGGACACCACGAUGGUACAGCGCGGAAAAACAUGGGUGAUUCCAGGUCAAUUUCUAGUAUAUGCUCAUCAACCUGACUACAACCUCGACAAGCCUGUGGCAGAGGCCGACCGCGAGCAGAUCACCCAGCCCUUGAAAGUGCUGAGCGAGCUGGCUAACAAGCACAUAUGGGCUGGUAUUCGGGCCAAUCCGAAGCUUUGGGAUGAUUUGGAAGCAGCCGGUUUCAAGACAGAGCGUUACGGACAGCUGUUCAAUCAUCUGUACGGGCGAUUUGGUGGUCACUAUAUUGAUAUUGGGAACUGUGCCAGGAUCAUAAAGUGGGAAGUCAAGAUGAAACCCGAGGUAGUGAAAGAGCUCACAGAGAACGGACUUCUCUUUGAGGAUGGAAGUACCCUCGACGCUGACCUCAUCGUCCUGUGUACCGGGUUCGAACAUGACUUCCGCAAAGACGCACAAGGGAUCGUCGGGCAUGAGAUCGCUGCACAGAUGGACGACUUCUGGGGACUGGACGACGAAGGGGAGAUUAAAGGGUAUGCGAAGCUUGCUGGACAUCCGCAUCUCUUCUAUUUCGGUGGCGAGGCGAGAAUCGCGAGGUUUUAUUCCAGGUUCGUUGCCUUGCAGCUGCAGAAGUUGAAGCUUGGUUGGCCAAUUCAACCGUAUCGAGGGCCUUAG